AGACCGGAAAUUGUUAUGACGCGAAUUGUUCGAAAUUCCGAGUUAUUGUGAAGAUCGCUGAGUAUGCCCCCCACGGCGGCUAAGUAUGAAUACGACUUGGUCGUUAUUGGCGGUGGAUCCGGAGGACUGGCUGCAUCCAAAGAAGCCGCGCAGUUAGGCAAGAAAGUCGCGGUGUGUGACUUUGUGACACCCACACCAAUCGGAACAACAUGGGGGCUUGGAGGAACAUGCGUGAAUGUCGGUUGCAUUCCAAAGAAAUUGAUGCAUCACGCUGCUUUAAUCGGGGAAUUUGUGAAAGAUUCAAAGCAAUUUGGCUGGGAACCUGGCGAAGGAAAUCACGACUGGAACAAACUAGUUGAAAUGGUGAAGAAUCACAUAGCAAAGCUCAAUUGGGGAUAUCGAGUAGCCUUACGGAAUAAGAAAGUACAGUAUUUGAACGCCUUCGCCUCGCUCGUUGAUGCUCAUACCAUCAAAACAGUGGACAAACGGGACAAUGUGAAAACUAUAACCGCCGAGAAUGUCAUACUCGCAAUGGGUUUGCGUCCCCGGUAUCCCGAUAUUCCGGGUGCUAAGGAAUACGCCAUUACCAGUGACGACUUAUUCACGCUGCCGUAUCCGCCCGGUGAUACAUUAUGUGUUGGCGCUUCGUAUGUCUCAUUGGAGUGUGCUGGGUUUCUGCGAGAAAUUGGAUUCAACGUGACCGUCAUGGUGCGUUCCAUUCUCCUGCGAGGAUUUGACCAGCAAAUGGCAGAACUUGUUGGAUCGUAUAUGGCACGCCAUGGAGUCGUCUUUCAGCGAGACCGAGUACCUGUGAAGAUAGAAAAAAUUGCGGAUGGAAAACCUGGGAAAUACAGAGUAACUUCUGUGGAUACUCAGGGUGAAACCCGUCAGGAUGUAUACAACACUAUACUUUUUGCCAUUGGGAGAGAUGCUUGCACAAGAAACUUAGGACUUGAAGCGGCGGGUGUUAAAUUGAAUCCGAAGAAUUGGAAAGUCGUAUGCACUCCAGACGAACGAACUUCAGUUCCGAACAUUUAUGCAAUUGGAGAUAUUCUGGAUGGAAAACUAGAGUUGACUCCCAUUGCAAUUCAAGCAGGCAUUCGUUUGGUUCGGGAAAAAGUACUUGGCUUGCAUAUCCUAUCCCCAAACGCCGGAGAAGUGACUCAAGGGUAUGCACUUGGCAUGAAACUGGGUGCGAAGAAAAGUGACUUCGACGAGUUGAUCGGCAUACAUCCGACAGUUGCUGAAGUUGUCUCGCGCGAAAAAAAAUUACUUCCCAUCGGCAUGUGGAGUAAGUUUGUCUUCCGCAAUAUCGUGCGCGAGAAAAGUGUGGCUGUGCGAUGUCAAUCAACGUUCUCUGUGGAUCAUUUUUCGAAGCUAACGACAGCGGAUGUUUCGGCGACAUACGACGUUUUAGUCGUAGGUGGCGGGCAUGCCGGAACAGAAGCGAGUGCUGCUGCUGCCCGAAUGGGUAGAAGCACUCUUCUUGUUACUCACAAAUUGGAUACUAUCGGGGAAAUGUCUUGCAACCCAUCUUUUGGAGGAAUCGGGAAAGGACAUUUGAUCCGAGAAGUAGAUGCCUUGGACGGUGUCGUUGGGAAGGCGUGUGAUGAAUCAGGAAUACAUUUCAAAGUCCUCAACAAAAGAAAGGGACCAGCCGUGUGGGGAUUGCGUGCUCAAAUCGACCGUCAAUUGUACAAGUACAAUAUCCAGAGAAAACUUGCGAAUCAACCGAACUUAUGGAUUCUCUCAGGCGCUGUUGAUGAUGUAUUACUGGAGUACGAUCCUGAGGGGAAACCAUCCGUUACUGGUGUCGUGCUAGAAUCCGGUCAAAUUUUAAAAGCAAAAACAAUCGUGCUCACCACGGGAACGUUUUUGAGAGCUAGAAUCAUACUCGGAAAGCAGACAGUAGCUGCCGGUCGAAUAGGAGAUCGUUCCUCCGUCAAAUUGGGGGAAACCUUGAUAGAAAAGCUCAAAUUCAAAACGGGGCGACUCAAAACUGGUACGCCUCCCAGAAUUCUGGGUGAAACUGUGAAUUUUUCAAAAACAGUGAAGCAUCUCGCUGAUGAUUCUCCGACUCCGUUUUCAUUUUUAAACGAAACUGUCCUCAUCGAUCCUAUGUAUCAAUUGCCUUGUUACAUGACGAAAACUACUCCGCGCGUCGAUGAGAUUAUCAAGGCUACCCUUCAUUUGAAUGAUCACGUCGGGGAAGAAAUUAGAGGAGCAAGAUAUUGUCCAUCCAUUGAAUCCAAAAUUUUGAAGCAAGUACCGAAUGAUCAUUAUGUUGGAUUUUCAAAUCGAUACACUAUACUGUACAGUACAGAAACGUUUGGAGGAAGAUCUCAUCAACUUUGGCUGGAGCCUGAAGGGCUGACGAGCAACCUGGUGUAUCCUCAAGGAAUGUCCUGUACGAUGCCGGAAGAAUAUCAAGUGGAGCUUAUUAGAUCGAUUCCGGGCUUGGAAAAUGCGACGGUUGUUCGACCAGGCUAUGGAGUAGACUACGAUUAUGUCGAUCCCCGUCAGCUGAAACUUUCCCUUGAAACAAAGCCAGUCGAUGGACUCUUCCUAGCCGGACAGAUCAAUGGCACUACUGGUUACGAAGAAGCAGCUGCUCAAGGAAUUGUUGCCGGAAUUAAUGCUGGAUUGCGGGCUACCGGCGAUGAUCCCAUGAUCAUUAAUCGCUCUGAGGCGUAUAUUGGUGUAUUGAUCGAUGAUCUCGUGACCCGAGGAACCUCCGAACCUUAUCGAAUGUUCACAUCAAGGUCGGAGUUCAGAUUAACUUUGCGGCCUGACAACGCUGAUUUUCGAUUGACUGGCAAAGGUGCAAUUCAUGGAGCUGUUUCCAGAGCUCGACUCGAACAUUGUGAUGCAAUGAAGACUGAUUUGGACAAAUUGAAGACUCUCCUGUCUUCUGUACACUAUCCUCUUGAUCAAUGGAGACGAAAACUGGGCCUACCCUCGAGCAAAUCGGCCCCGACGUAUUUGCGAACGUAUGUUUGUCAGCCCGGCUUUGAGAUUUUCGGUCUACCCAAUGACGUUAUCUCUUUAGAGAGCUUGUCAAAAAUUGUGCCUGGUUGUGACGAAUUUCUUGGCAACAAAAACUUGGAAAAGCGUCUCCGAAUCGAGGCUUUGUACGAGAGAGCAAUUGAAAUGGAGAAAGACGAAAUACUUGAGGUUCGGAAGUAUGAGAGUAUGCUCUUACCUGCGGAUUUGGAUUAUUAUGCGAACGAGAUUAGCCUGUCAAAUGAAGUGAGAGAAAAACUGGCAGCAUCACAACCUCAAACGAUCGCAGCUGCAUCUCGUAUUCCUGGAGUUACCCCGGCAUCGAUUGUCAAUCUCUUGGCGUUCGUCCAGCGCAAGCAAAGCUCAUCUCGAAUGUUCAGUUAA